AAGAAACCUGUACUCACCUGCCAUAUAGAGUUCGUCAAGCUUCUCUGCUACAUUCUGCUGCAAGCCAGCUUCCAGUAAAGUCUGAAAGUGUUCCGAGCGUGAGACCGCUGCUGUUGUGUCCAUUGGUUCCUCCGUCCCGUUGCCGUUAACGUGAUCUGAGUCCAUGUCCACCGACAUACUGCAGGCAAGAUUACAGCUCGGUUGGAGCACAAUAUAGUUUCAGAGAGCAAAGAAAUCCAGGAAAGUGAACAUAUACGCAGCCGCCACUCUUCACAAGUCCACCACGCCUCUGAAAGCUAACCCUGGGCACUUUCAGUCCAGAAAGAACAGCCAGGAAACAGUGUCAGGAGGAGGUCAACUGCCGCUAAAAGACUCCCAGUUAACAAACCAAAUGUCGUCAGACUCUCUUCACGCAGAGGCCGCAGUGGACUGCCAUGCCAAAGCAAACUCUUACAUAACCGUCAGCAUGUUAUCGCGUUCUGAGACGUCCGCCAUCCUUCGCCACAGGCCAGUCUCCAAAGUCACACAGGUGUCGCAAUACCUGAUGGAUGCACUUUUGUGCGAAGACUCAGAGCUGUGCUUUGAGGAAGUGCGAGCUAUCAAGUAUAACCAGCAGUUUCAGACUGAAAGCUGUAAGACGUCAGCUGAGCUCAAAGAAGACAAGGUGAGGAAUACAAAAAGAACGUCCAGAUUUCGGUGUGUGGAGCUCAGUCUGACGCAGGCAAUAAUUAAAUGCCAGACUCCUGCGGAAAAAAGGGUUGCAGGUGAAAAUCAUGAUCUUCACCAAGAGGACAUGGAGAGUCGUCAUGUCUUUCCUUGUAGAUCAUCUGCGGGCUUCGUUCAUGAGUCCAGUGUUCUACCUGAUCCCGAAAGCAACACUUGCAGCUCACAGGAAUUGCAUCAUCGUGUGCCUAUUGUGGAUGAUCAGAGUGUCACCGUGUCCAUAGACACUUCAGGGUUGAGAAACAAAAUAGCAGGAUCGGAAGAGACGCUGUAUGCAUCACAGGGAGGCACCACUGACGUGUCCGACAUGACUCCCAACAACUCAGUGGGUUCCACACGGGUGCUGCCGUCUCCCACCGUCAACACACGAGAAGCGAUGGAUGUCAUCAUGGGCAUGUUUCAGGCCCCUUCUAACAACAUCUCAUCUUUCUUCGUCACUGAUGGGCCGUUGGAUGAAACGACUUCAACAGAGGGCUCCUCCCAGCUCGCCAACGUGAGCGCUUCGCAACCCUUCACUGUCUACCAAGAUGCUGCUGACAAAGAAAAUGUCAUGGCCGCCAGUGAGGCACACAGGAAUAAACGAGCCCGAUGCUUGGCAGAGCUCCCACCGUCAAAUUGGAAGAAGUUGAGUGACAGUCCUCAGAACAAGACACCUGAUGUAACCACCAUGUGGGGCGCUCCUGCCAACGCGAUCAGUUGUCUGGCGGCGUGUCCCAACAGCACCGCUGAUUUCGCCGUGUCAGCACACUGCAUGUCCACGCCGUUCACACACAAAGUUCCUGUCAACAUUUUCCAGGAUGCAGCAGACAACGGGUGUGAUGCUACACAAACGGAUGAAAAUGCUUUCAUCAGACAUCAACACAAGCUCAGCCCCAUCAUUGAGCAGAGUCCGGACGACAAACCCACUGACACCGCGGUCAGUGAGCAUGUGACGUCCUCGGUGUCACAGUGCACCAUUGUGGGGGAGCUGCCCACUGCCAAUGUCCACCGUCACCUGACCACCUCCUCUACCACCGUGAUGCAGCCGCCACCGCCCGCUGUGUUGUCUUUCAGGGACCAGACGCUGGGCCCUUUUGACUCGUCUCGGGCAAGUGGACUUGUUGGGGGCGUGUCCACUGACCUCCAGUCUUGUGCUGAGCCCGCCUUUGCUGAGGAGCUGUUUAGCAUCGUGGACGAUUUCAGACAAGGCUGCCAUCUUCCUGUGAUUUCUGACCAGCCGUUAAUGAGAAGCCCCGCCCCCUCAGCCCAGCCAAACGUGGACGCUUUCCCGAGUCCAGGUCGUGGCCUAGAUGUCCGCAUGAGUCCAGAACCUCCGCGUGACGUGUCCAUCAACCUGAAGCCACUAGCUUCUCCUGAUGAACACAUGGCUAGCCCAGAAAAAGACCCCGCCCCGCAGUCAAGACUCACUCUGCUUGUGUCAGACCCGUGGAGCAGUGACCUAAUCGCCAAGCUCCUGUCAAAUAUGACCUCGCCUCUCACCUCGCACCCACAAUGCCACAGCUGGCAACACAAGAUCCCCAACAUUAGUCCCAAGAUGAGCGUCGGUGUGGGAAACUCAUCCCUGCGAGUGGACCGCAUCCUCGGCCAAGGAGCGUUUGCUACGGUUUAUCAGGCGAGCCACCCCGAGAGUUGCGCCAAGAUGGUCCUGAAGGUGCAGAAACCAGCCAAUCCCUGGGAAUUUUAUAUUAAUACUCAGCUGGAUGUUCGUUUGGCGCCACAAGUGCGCCACCUUUACAGCCGUGUUUACUCUGCUCACCUGUUUACCAACGGCAGUGUCCUCCUGAGUGAGCUGCAUCCCUACGGCACACUGCUGAACGCCGUCAACUUGUACAAGCAACUUCCCGACAAGGUCAUGCCUCAGCCUCUUGUCAUAUAUUUCACUAUCUGCCUCCUGCGAAUGAUGGAAGAACUACACGCCGCCUCCAUCAUCCAUGCUGACAUCAAGCCAGACAACUUCAUGCUCGCACACCGGUUUUUGGAGAACAACAAGUUCGAGUGUGAAGACUAUGAACACGGUCUAGUCCUGAUCGACUGGGGACAAAGCAUCGACAUGAAAUGUUUCCCACAAUGCACUGCUUUCACUGCCAAGUGUCUGACAUCCGGAUUCCAGUGCACUGAGAUGUUCAGCAGUAAACCUUGGAACUAUCAGACGGACUACUUUGGGAUAGCAGGGACAGUGCACUGCAUGCUGUUUGGGAGCUACAUGAAGGUGGUGAAUGAAGGCGGCGUGUGGAGAACCACCGCCAUGUUUCGAAGGAACCCUCACAGCGAGAUGUGGCUGAGCUUGUUCCACACACUGCUCAAUGUGCCUGACUGCAGGCCGCUGCCGAGUCUGAGCACACUCCGCCGCCUCCUGGAGUCCGUCCUGGAAGACAACUACGGCAGCAAGAUGGCGUCACUCAAGAGUCGCCUGGUGGUUAACUUGCUAGAGAGCGCCAAGGCCGUUCGCAGAUGACUAACGAGCACACCUUGUGACUUUUUAGCUCAAUUGAUGCUAAUAAUGCAUUAAAUUGAGUAAUGUUGCCUUUUGUUAAAUGACAAAAAAAUAAAGACUUUUUUUAUUAAAAAAAACUAACACAAGAUAGACUGUAAAAAAAAAAAUUCGGUAAAAAAAUGGUCAUUUACUGGCAGCUACGGCUGCCAAACGAACACUAUAAAAUUAAAGUAAAACAUUGUAAACCAAAUAAUGAUCCAAAACAUUAUAUUUACAGACAUUUUCCUGAAACGUUUUGCGGAGGAAAAUCGUAAUUUGACAGAUUUUUACUAAAUUAUUAAGAUUAACCACCUUUAAUAAAGUGACGAAGCAAACAGUUCUGCAGAAAAAUACCUUUAUUCUACAGAGUUUUUCCAAAUAAUUAUGAUCAACCACCUUUAAUGAAGUGACAACGCUGGCAGUUCCACAGAAAAAUACAAUUUUUUUUACAGAUUUUUUCUGAAUUGUUAGGAUCAGGGGUCUCUCUUUCACUUUACCCGGGGGGGCCACUGGAUGCAGGAACUUGGUACAAAGUGGGUUUACCUUCUAUGAAUGACAACCCCGCCCUAGCAACAUGCUUACCGAUCCUACCGAUUUUACCGCAAGACUUUUGGUGACUCUCUUAGUAUUGACCCAACAUUUGCCCGGGCGAAUAUAUAUCACUGUUGUACCAUGACAGGGCUUUGUCGCACUCUGUGUUCGCUCAUUCACCAAAUCACUAGUGUGCCAACUUGGGCACUUAUUGUGUAUGGCCUUGGCUUUGUCAUACUUAUGAGAGUGACUGCAAGACAUACUUGGUCAACAACCACACAGGUCACACUGACGGUGGCCGUACAAACAACUUUAACACUGUUACAAAUAUGUGCCACACUGUGAACCCACACCAAACAAGAAUGACAAACACAUUUCAGGAGAAGAUCCUCACUGUAACACA